ACGAACCCGGAAAUCUACCGGAAAGGGCAGGAAUAUUUCGCGCCAAAUUGAAACAACGUUGCAGUCAGUCUGAGCGGUGAAGAGAGGAGCUGCGAAACAAACCACCAGACUCUGUCCUCAGCCUUUCUGUCUUUGUUUCUCGUCAAGCCAACAUGGAGGAGGCCAACAAGCUAAUCGGCACCGGCAAGAAGCACCUGGUGAUGGGGAAGGUGGUGGAGGCGGUGAGCUCCCUGCAGGAGGCCUGCGGCAUGCUAGCUAAAAAGUAUGGAGACACAGCGGACGAGUGUGGAGAGGCUUUCUUCUGGUGUGGUAAAGCUCUGCUGGAUUUGGCACGGAUGGAGAACUCUGUCUUAGGUAAUGCUCUGGAAGGAGUCCCAGAAGAGGAGGAGGAGGAAGAAAAACCCAUGGACUCAAACGUCGACAGCACAGAAAACGUUGAUGAGAAGACCAGAGAUGAGCUGAGGGUUCAGGUGUACGACGCCAUGGCGGAGAAGAAAAGUGAGGACGCGGAGAAGGAGAAAAGUGAGGACGUGGAGAAGGAGAAGAAAAGUGAGGACGCGGGGAAGGACGGCGAGAAGCAGAGCCAAGAUACAGAGAAGAACGGCGACGUAGAAAAGGCCAAGGCUGGUGACGAGCAACAGAACACAGCAAACAAAGAGAACGAGGAGGAAAAGAAGAGCGACAUUACUGAAACCAAAUCUGAAAGUGAAGACCAGACCGAAAAGGACAAGGAGGCUGAGUCAGCAGACAAGGACGAGGAAGCAGAAGAUGAGGAGGAGGAGGCGGAGGAGGAAGAUGACGGUGAUGUAGAGAUGGAGGGUGAUGCUGAAGAGCAAGGCGAAGAAGACGACGCUGCUGAGAAGGACAGUGAGGACGAGGAGGUGGGGAACCUGCAGCUGGCCUGGGAGAUGCUGGAAGUGGCUAAAGUCAUCUACAAAAGGAAAGAGACCAAGGAGGAGCAACUCAUGGCAGCCCAGGCUCACCUAAAGCUGGGUGAAGUCUCUGCUGAAUCAGGAAAUUACUCACAGGCGUUGGACGAUUUCCAGGAGUGUCUGAAGCUGCAGGUGAAGCACCUGGACCCAGACAGCCGUCUGCUCGCUGAGACUCACUACCAGCUCGGACUGACCUACAGCUUAAACCUCCAGUACAGCCAGGCCAUAGAGGAGCUGAAGAGCUCCAUCUCUGUCAUAAAGAGCCGGCUGGACAAACUGCAGGGGCUGCUAGACAAGGCCGAGGGCCCGGAGGCUCUGCCAGAAGAGAGGAAGGAGAUGGAGGAGCUGAAGGCUCUGCUGCCGGAGAUCCAGGAGAAGGUGGAGGACGCCACGGAGAGUCUGAAAACAUCUACUGAGGCCGCGAAGGGCUCGCUGGAUGGAGGCUCCACCUCCUCUGCAUUCCCGGGGUCCACUGCACAGAACGGCGACUCGCCAUCCAGUUCAAAGAUUAACAGCACGUCAACCAAAGAAGUCAGCUCCACCAACGGACACGCCUCCACGGCCGCGGUCUCCGACAUCUCCCACCUGGUCAGGAAGAAGAGGAAGCCAGAGGAGAGUCCAGUGAACGAGGCCGGGGUCAAGAAGGUGAAGCAGGAUGUCGGGGAGACCAACGGCACACACGAGCCUCAAGGGAACGGCGUCCACAAAGCCAACGGAGACGCUUAACAGUGCCGAAGUCGAGAGUCAAUGAGGUUGGACUCCCUCCACCGUUUUCGUCUCCACCCAAGAAGAGAGACUGACCAACACACCAAGCUCUUAACUGUGGCUACACUUGUUUGCUCUUGUAAAUAUGUGUAUCUUUUUUUUCUGUGUC